GGGGGAGAAAAUCCUGGUCCUCGGUGGCUCCGCGACUGGGCCGUGCCGCCUCGACAGCGAACAUGUCCCGGCCUGUCAGAAAUAGGAAGGUCGUUGAUUACUCACAGUUUCAGGAAUCAGAUGAUGCAGAUGAAGAUUAUGGAAGAGAUUCAGGCCCUCCUGCUAAGAAAAUUCGAUCAUCUCCUCAAGAAGCUAAAAAUAAGAGGCGAUCUGGAAAGAAUUCACAAGAAGACAGUGAAGACUCAGAAGAAAAAGAUGUGAAGACUAAGAAGGAUGAUUCUCACUCAGCAGAUGACAGCGAAGAUGAAAAAGAUGAUCAUAAGAAUGUUCGCCAGCAACGACAGGCAGCGUCGAAAGCCGCUUCUAAACCGAGAGAGAUGCUCUUGGAAGAUGUCGGCAGAGAGGAAGAGCCAGAAGAAGACGAUGAGGCACCAUUCCAGGAGAAAGACUCUGGCAGCGAUGAAGACUUCCUAAUGGAGGACGAUGACGACAGUGACUACGGCAGUUCAAAGAAGAAAAACAGAAAGAUGGUCAAGAAG